GUUCCAGUGGAGUCGACCGGGCCGGUCGCAACUUCUUGUUUCUCCCCCAAAAAAAGUGUUUGUUAGUGUCCAGUGUGUUGGUGUUGUAGCGCGGGAAUGUUAUCCGUUUAAAUUUUUAAAGAAGAAAAUUGAAUUUGAUAACAAAGAAAAAUGCCGUUCGUGUUGCGGCAAGUGACGCCGGUGCGUCUGAGUCGACUGGGCGUCAGUCAAACGGCGUCGUCGGUUGGUGAUGAUGACGACGACGUUCGCCAGUUGAUCAGCAAUCAGACGCUGUCGGCCUGUCUCAGACAGCUGGCCUCGCUCGUCUCGCUGGCCUCCGACAUCUUCGCUCACUGUCACGACGAGGCCAGUCUCCUCCAGCAGCGGACGACCCAAUUGAGUCAGAGACUCGAUCGGCUCCAAUCCAACGCCGAUCAGCGACUCGACUCACGAUCCGUCGCCAUCCCUGAAGGAGAUUUGGCAGCGUUCAGUCACGAUCACAAGACCAAUCACUUCAAAAGUGGCCAGCCGACCGCCGCCGCCGCUGCUGCUCCUCCUGCUGCGACAUCAACUCAAGUGCCGGAAUUAAAGUUGGUGACGUCGGAGAAUCGCCCCAAGGCUUUGACGUUGCUGUACGAGAAAGCGGCGGUGCUGGACAGUCCGCCGCCCGUCAACCGGCCAGACAGUUUGGUCAUGCUGAUGGCCAACGGCGGCGUUAGCGGUCAAGGCGCCAAUUACUUGGACGCGGCCGAUUACGGGCGUCUGAUGGAGUUGGGGGCCACGCUCCGGCGCUCUCGUCGCAAGCACAGGACCAACGUGCUGGAAAUCGAAACCAGACGGCCGGCAAGUUUGGCACACAUGAGGGAGUGGCUGACGGACGACGAGGGCGUCCUCGACGAUCUGUCGGCGCCCGUCGGACCGGACAACCGACGGCCAAUCGACAACGACCACCACAAAGAUUCCGCCGAUCUUCCGCACAGAUUACCGUCGCCGGAAGAGAAAGCUAAAGCGGCUGCGUCGCAAGUUUUUCCGGCUGAGGUGGUCCGGCUGGACGUGACGGGCUCGGGUUUCCAGCGCAUGACCCAAUUCCGUCGCUCGCUGCAACAUUUCGAGUACGUCGAUCCGUCGGCGGUCGGUGGAGCUGCGGCCGGAAGCGGCGGCGGAGCGGAGCGGGCCGUCAGGAGCCGCAAGAGGAGCAAGAAAAAGUCGACAAAGAAGCGGCGCAACACCAUCGCCUGCGAUGGCGACCGGAACGACAUCCAGGACGCCCUCAGGGCCGCCAACAAUUCCAACCUCAGCCGGAACGACGGAGAGAAAAGCGGAUCGAGGAGUUCGUUGCGCCAGCGGCUGAAUUUGGUCCACCUGCUGCGGACGUCGCUGAUGACGACGCCGUCGACGACGACGGGUGGCAGCAAAGGAGCGGCGUCGGCCGUGACGUCAUCCGACAUGUCGUACGACGAGAGCGACACCAACACGCCGUCGUCCAUCGGCAACACGACGACCGACGCCACGUCGCACGCCUCCAGCGAACUGGUCGUCCAGGUGACGGCCGGCAACCUGGUCACGGCCACGCGGACCCGAUCCGGCGCCAUGAUGAACACCAUCUCGCGCCUCAGGCGACUGGGAACCGACCACACCUUCGUCUCCGGUCUCACCACAGCCAUCCAGGUGGACAUUCACCCGCCGCCCAGUUGUUCUUCGACUGUAAAUGGGCCGUCUGGCAGCAGCAAUUCAAACCGGAUCGAAUCCAACGGAGGCGAUUCCGAUCUCUACGAGCUCAUCCCAAGCGAAAAAGAAUUCGGCACCCUGGGCAAUGCCCGUCCAGUUUUACGAGGGGUCAAAUUACGUGGAAAUAAGGAGAAUAAAGAGGAUGGCAGAUCUUCUUCCGGCAAUUGGUCGGCAUCCGGCAGCUCUUGCAGCACCAGAGCUUCGCUGGAUUCCGAUCAUCCGCGUCAUCACCACCACCAUCAUCAUCCGGUGGCCGUUUCGCCUCUGGCCCAACGACACCCGAGGGUCAUCCAGCAGCAUCCGCAGACGGCCAGAUCUUUUUCGCCGGAAAUGGAUGUCGAUUCGGCCCUUUCGGGCGACGAUUGCAGCGCCACCACAACGUCCAGCAUCCACCGGGCGGAUGAAAACGGUCACCAUCACAACGAGCUGGACCUGGAAACCAGUUCCGUCUACAGUUGCGACGCCGAGGGCUAUUACACCUCCUUCCACAUCGACAGCGGCCUCAAAACUCUCAAGGAGGGCCAGAGUGAUGGAAGUUUACACAAGAACCGGACGUCGGUCAAUUCCAAGGAGGCGAGCGGCGGCAGUGAUCGCUCAUCCGGAAUGAGCUCGGCUUCCGGCAGCAUUUCGGGCGGAUUGGCUUCCGGCCAACCAUUCCCGGCAGCUACACCUGAAAAUGAAUACGAAUUGUUCGGCAAGGGCAGCACUUUGUCCAGCGCCACCACCAGUUCGGCAGGGACGGUCAUCUUCCGGCCGGAAGGAGUCGGUAACAGCAACAACAACACAGUGGGGAGUCGGAAGAAGAGGAACAGCCAACCGCCCGAGCCACCGCCACGAAAUGGAAGCUCCAGCAACCGGAAUUCGGUGGAUUCCGGAAAAUUGCGGAAGCAAAUUCCGGAAGAGAAGAAAUCGCUGAGCCAAUUGGUGACGGAAACGGAAUCCAAGGAGAUCGCCGACGCUCUCAAACAGCUGAGGAGCAACGAAUCUCCCGGAAGCGAAACCGCUGGAUCGCCGGAAUCGGAAUGCAUGAGGGCCAAUUUAACUCAAAUCGGAAGGAUUCCGGCCAUGUGCGUCAUCACUCCUUCCAUCACUCCACUGCCAAGCGACGACGAUGCCAUGCUCAACGAUCCUUCCGGCCGGAAUUCCGGAAUAAGUCUCGAAUCGCACAUCCAAUCCGCGUUCCUCCAGCAAGUCGCCGCAACGGAAGUUCGUCCCAGUCCGGUGAGCCGGACUCGAGUAAACGUGGCCGAUCUUCCGGCGGCCAUUCCGGCAUCCACCGAGUCGACGGCCAUCGUUAUCAAGGCGUCCGUCGUCAAGUGUCCGGUCGAUCAGGAACUUGUGGCUCUCAACCAACUGCCGGCCGCCGAUUCGGACAAUCUGAACGCCCAGCCGUUCUCCUCCGCCGGAAGCAGUGAAAGUUCACGAUCCAGCUCGUUGGAAAGGAAGAAACGUGGCGCCAGAGUGACGCUGGAUUCCGACGGAAAAGUUGUCUACAGUUCGGAUUCUCUAAAGAGACGGAAAGCUCAAGCCGGACACACUUCCACGUUCGUCGAGCCGGGCACCGGCCAGCAAAAUGUGGAAAGGAAAUUGGAUCCAGGGACGUCGGCCUUCCGUCCCAAUCCGAUCGGCUCGACUGGAUCAGCUGCUGGCAACGCGAACAAACCGCUCAGUCCACCGCCUUACAGGCCGGCCCCAAGUUUCAACGGCCCUCGAACUUCUUCUUCUUCUUCAUCCUCUUCGACGAUUCCGGCCGUCAGGACUCAGCCGGACGGUCAAAGUUCAACCAAUGGAAAUGGAUCGGGAAUUCCGGCGAUUCUAGUGUCCCGGUCCGACAGCUACCGACUGGCCAACGUCGACGACCAAGUGGACAGCGGAGGCGAUCCGGCCGGUGCCUUCCAGCGGAAUCGAUCCGACAGUUACCGCAAAGCCAAUCAGACGCUCUCGGUGGCGCCGCCGCAAGCGGCUGGCAGUCACAACGGAAGACUCGCUCCACUUAGUCACACGUUAAGCGGAUUCGCAGUCAACGGAGGAGGGACAACUCACCGAUCCGUGACGGCCACCGCCGGAACGGGCCAGUUCAUUUCGGGCCACUUGACGGACAGACCCAACAGCAACGGAUGGUCGUCCAGACCUUCCCAGCCAGCGAUGAAUUACUCCAUCAAAAGUCCGAUGCUGGUCAAACAAAUUUCCAAUCCGGGUUUCAACGCUGCUGGGCAAGCUUCCGGCCCGGCUGCAGCAGCAGCCAAUGGACGUCCUAGUAAGCAAUUCAACCACCGGCAAAUCUCUAGUCCGGCCAUGAUGAUGAUGACGUCCAGUCCGCUCCUGGUGAAACCCAACAACGGCGGAGGAGGAAUUCACAAUCCAAAUGCGGCCGGAAGGCGGAUUUACGGCGGUCCUCGGCUGUUGGUCAAUCCGAAAAUCCUGACGUCUCCGACUCACCAAAACAACAACAACAACAAAAGCGGAAGCGUCAGCAGUCUCAACUCGAGCGGCGGAAGCGGAUUGGACAUUUCCAUGACCAGCCAACAACCAACUCAUCACAAGAAAUCCGCAUUUGCCAGCGGAUUCGGAAGUGUUCCACCCAGUCCCGUCGUCCGUCCACCCACCAACGCCCAGGAUCGGCCCAGCUUCUUCAACAACACUCCAGAUGGAACAGGAACUACUAGUUCGAGAUUGAACGGAGUUUCAUCCAGCAGCUCAUCACCACUUCCGGGCUAUCAAUCUUUAUCGCCUCCGCCGAGAAUGUCGGCCUUGCCACUAGCCCAGUUGUCGUCCACAUCGACCGAAUUUCAACGCAAAGAUUUCCGAUACAAUUCGCUUCCGGCUCGAUUCAAAACGGUGGCCGAUUAUUACGCAUCCAUGACCGGCGGCGGCGGUUCUCCGUCUUCCGUAGAACCAAACUACAACCAGUGGCUGCCCAGUGCGGGAGAUGACAAAAGAAACAGCAGCACGCUUCCGUUACCGUCGAAAUUAGCGGCGGCCAACGCAGCCAGAACCGGAAGAGAUAGUCCGGAAGAAGGUGGAUUCCUGGAAUUUUCACCCAAAAGAUCAAACUCUUUCAACUCUGCUACUCCCAGUGGCGCCGGACGUGUCCAGCAACAAGGCAAAUCGUCGCCAACACCUUCGUAUUCCUCCUGUUCCCUGGAUGGCUCCUUUUCCACGUCAAGUUUGAACGAAUCCGUCGACACUCGCCCCGGCACUUGGCCGCUUCAUCCAGGUGAUGCGGGGGCGUCACCUUCACCACAGCAGCCCAAAAUCCAUUCAAUCGGACUGGUCAAACGGACGACCAUUUCCGAUUUCAAACGCAAAUUGCUCCAGCAACUCCAUCAUCCGGCGUCCAAUAAAAAGAUCUCGGCCGUUGAGCAGCUCAAAGCGACUCAACCUCCGCCGGCCGGAAUCGGCAAGGGGCCCGCGUCGCCAGACGUCAGUCCAGUGACCAAACAUCCAGCACUGGAGAAUUUGAUUCGUCGCAGUGCUCGAGUCAGUUACAUCGCCAGUCGGCUCAGUCAGCAGCAGCAGCAACGCAACAAUCGAUUCCAUCCGCACUACAGUCCACGAACGGACGUCCUGUCUUCCACCAUCGCAGAGGGGAGGAGCGAGGAAGAACUGGCAGCUGCUGACGACGAUGCAGUCACCAUUUCUUCAGUGUCCAGCAAUGGAGCUAGUGUCCGUAGACAUUUGUCUUUUCAAAACGGUUCACGACGUGGGUCGUCCACUCCAUCUAGUGGCAGUUCGACACCCAUUGAAACAUCUCUCUAGUUUUCUUAGUGAGAGAAGAGAAAAAGUUGAGAAAAUGCAUUACAUCUAUAUCUGUAACGAAUCCUGCAAGUAUACCAGUCAUCACCUUUUCUUUAAAAAGCUAUAAUUACCUUCAAUUGUCACGAGUUGUUUGUGCCUUUAGAACUGCAUUUGACUUCUAUUAUUAUAUUUUCUGUCGAUUGUGUGUUGGGAUUUAUCGAAAACCCUACAGUGCCUGUAAAAAGAAAUUAUUGAUACAUUUAGCAACAUAAUAAACUGUGAGAAACAUUUUU